CCCUGUGCUCAAACUGCAUCCACACACGGCGGAGCAGAGUAUCCGCGCGCGCCUUUAACGAGCAGCUGCUGGGUAUAAACGGGGUCUCGCGCGUCCGCAUGGGAACUGAUUUUCUGCUUUGCACUGAUUCAGACUCGAGCGUGAUUUCCCGGCCGCGGUUUGGAUAAACUGUCCCGGAUACAGGAUGAUGAAAUUUCGGUUCAGGCGACAGGGCAAUGACCCUCAGAGGGAGAAAGUCAAACAGGACCUUUUUGCAUUCAAUAAGACUGUCGAGCACGGAUUCCCCAAUCAGCCGAGCGCUCUGGCCUAUGACCCCAAACUGCAACUAAUGACCAUUGGAACUAAAUCAGGAGCCAUCAAAGUAUAUGGGUGUCCUGGAGUGGAGUUCACUGGACUUCAUAAGGAGACUGCAACCGUCACACAGAUACACUUCCUCCAUGGACAGGGAAGGAUUCUGUCCCUGCUGGACGAUAACACUUUGCACCUGUGGGAGAUUGUGCAGAAGGGUUUCUGCUCCCACCUGGACGAGGUGCGCUGCUUCAGCUUCCCCGGCAGACCUGGCAUCGAGAGCACCUGUGCGACGCGUGUGACUGUCCUUAUGCCGAAACUGAGCUGUGAUCUCUUGGCCGUGGGCACUGAGGGUGGUGGAGUCCACUUCCUGGAGCUGCCCACGUUCACACUGCUGAACAAGUCACUGUUCCAAGAUGAAGUCAUGCAGAGCCUUCCUGAUAGUUACAAGUGUGGGAAGUCUCUGGGACCAGUGGAGUCCCUACAGGAGCAUCCCCAGCAUCCGGACAAAAUCCUCAUCGGCUACAGCAGAGGCCUUGUUGUGCUCUGGGACUUCCAAAGCAGACAUGUAGACAACCUCUUCCUUGGAAAGCAGCAGUUGGAGAGCUUGGUCUGGGUCCGGUCUGGGAACAGCUUUGUCAGUUCCCAUAGUGAUGGUGGAUAUAUGGUGUGGCCUGUUAGUAGCAGUGCCCUCUGCACCAAUGAACCAGUCUCUUCCACUAUCCCAUAUGGCCCGUUUCCUUGCAAAGCUGUGAACAAGAUCUUGUGGAGGACCACCCAGUCGGGAGCUCCAUUGGUGCUGUUUAGUGGCGGCAUGCCUCGAGCCAGCUACGGGGACAGACACUGUUUAACAAUACUGCAGGACAGCGCACACGUUACCCUGGACUUCACGUCGCGAGUCAUUGACUUUUUCACCAUCCACUGCACAGACAGAGACAAGGAGUUUGAUGAGCCUUCAACCCUUGUUGUGCUCCUGGAGGAGGAGCUGGUGGUGAUUGACCUUCAGACACCUGGCUGGCCCACCAUUCCUGCCCCAUACCUGGCACCUCUGCACUCCUCUGCCAUCACAUGCUCCUACCACAUCUCCAAUGUGCCAGCCAAGCUGUGGGAAAGGAUGGUGAGAGCUGGGCAGCAGCAGUGCUCUCUGCAAACACGCACUGCGAACUGGCCAAUAUGCGGAGGAAAGAACUUGGCACCUGAUUCAAAACAGAAAGAGCUGCUGCUAACUGGGCACGAGGAUGGCACAAUACGCUUCUGGGAUGCCUCAGGAGUGGCACUCAGACCACUCUACAAGCUCAGCACAGCCAACAUCUUCCAAACCGACUGUGAUCACAACGACAGCCUGACCCAAGCCAACGAAGAGGAGUGGCCUCCAUUCCAAAAGGUGGGCUGCUUUGACCCAUACAGUGAUGACCCCAGGCUAGGAAUCCAAAAGAUCUGCCUGUGCAAAUAUAGUGGCAAGCUAGUGGUGGCCGGUACUGCGGGACAGGUGAUCGUGAUGUACUUGUGUGACGAGAAAUCUGAUCACAUGAUUGACGUGGUCACCAUGGACCUCCUCCAGGACCGGGAAGGUUUCACAUGGAAGGGUCAUGACCGGCUACCAGAGAAGUCUGGCUCUGUGGUGUUUGCUCCUGGAUUCCAGCCUGUAGUCCUCGUGCAGUGCAUGCCCCCUGCGGCGGUUACCGCGGUGACGCUGCAUGCAGAGUGGAACCUUGUUGCUUUUGGCACCAGUCAUGGCUUUGGUCUUUUCGACUACCAUCGGCGUAGCCCUGUGCUGGCAAGGUGUACACUACAUCCCAAUGACUCGCUGGCUAUGGAGGGACCUCUCUCACGAGUGAAGUCCCUGAAGAAGUCACUCCGUCAGUCAUUCAGGAGGAUUCGCAAGAGUAGGGUGUCUGGGAAGAAGCGUGUUUUGGUCAGCAGUCCAUCCAGUAAAGUCCAGGAGGCUAAUGCUCAGCUAGCCGAGCAGGAUGCCGAGGUGACGCCGGUACAGAGGCGGAUCGAGCCCCGUUCAGCUGAUGAUUCGUUAUCUGGGGUGGUGCGCUGCCUCUGCUUCGCCGAUACCUUCCUUCGAGACGGAACGCACCAUGGCCCUACCAUGUGGGCUGGGACAAAUUCGGGCAGUGUGUAUGCUUACGCCCUGGACGUGCCCUCGCAGGAGAAGUUCUCAGAGCGGAGUGUAGAGGCUUUGCUGGGGAAAGAGAUCCAACUCAUGCACAGAGCUCCAGUUGUGUCCAUUGUCGUGCUGGACGGCAGGGGAAACCCUCUGCCCGAGCCCUAUGAGGAGUCAAGAGACCUGGCUAAAGCUCCUGAUAUGCAGGGUAGCCACUCGGUCCUGAUUGCCUCCGAAGAACAGUUUAAGGUGUUCACGCUGCCUAAAGUCAGCGCAAAGACCAAAUUCAAGCUGACUGCGCAUGAGGGCUGCCGUGUACGGAAGGUGGCUCUGGUGAACUUCUGCAGUGCUGCUUCUGAGGACUACUGUGAGAAUGGCCUCGUGUGCCUGACCAACCUGGGGGACAUCCACGUGUUCAGUGUGGCGGCGUUGAGGCCGCAAGUGCGAUAUGACUGCAUCCGCAAGGAAGACAUAAGCGGCAUUGCGUCCUGCGUGUUCACCAAGACUGGGCAAGGGUUUUAUCUGAUCUCGCCGUCUGAGUAUAAACGGUUCUCUCUAUCUGCACGGGUUAUCACUGAACCUCAGUGUCGGGUGGACGUAGAUCGACCUUACGAACCUUCUGAACACGAUUUGUGUAUGCCAGUACUACCCCAGGCCAACGGCACAUACAAGACCCAGUCACCUGGAGAAAGCAAAUCUGCAGAACUUGCUGAAGGCGUGUUUGAUGAAAUGCAGAGUGCGUUAUCGUCUCCUGGCCUGGAUUCUCCAAACAGCAGUGCUGAUAUCACGCUCGACACAACAGGAGAGCUCACGGUGGAAGAUGUGAAAGAUUUCCUAGUGAGUGUGGAUGAGGCUGAGAAUAACCUGAGGAAUAUGAGCGAGGAGGAUGGAAGGCUUCCUGGGAUUCUUAUCAACUGAUCAUUUUGACACCUGGAGGGCUGAUGGAGGAGAAGUGGUGGAAAUUCCUUCAUUAUGUGCAAUUGGACCUUGAGGAGGAGAAUAACUUCAAGAGGCAGAUGCGGCACUCUUCCCUUUUUACUCUUUGCCCUCGACGCUCAUUUUCACCCGUUUCUUAUUCUCAGUUGACAGAUCUCUCCGUGUGCGAGGCUGUACACCAGUGCUUUGCAGCUCGAGAGCUGCUUAAGUGCAUUAAGAAGGGUAGAUCAGACGUUCCUGUCAGAAUACUUGCACUGACCACAUCUUCGGGGUUUUUUUUUUCUCUUUCCUAUUGCGCACACAUUCCUCUUUUCUUGUGUCAUGAUGCUACUUUGCUUGUCCUUUCACCGUGAUUUGCCAGUAAGAGGCAUGAAGUGAGUCUAAAAUGUUUCUGUUGCUUCUCAACACGAUCUAUAAUACUGUGAUGGUUUCUUACAACAAAUCAGGACGACAUAGAAAAGUUCAGCUUAUGGACCCUGUGGGUUUGAUGGAAUGUGGUGGUGUAUCUUUUUCAUGUCUCAUGUAACCACUUGCCAUUGUAAGUAAUAUUGACAAUUAACUGUGAAUUAUAGUAUUUGAAGGAGCAUGGUGUCUAAUCUUAGAAGUAUUAAUCAUUAAUUAGAGAGUAUCGAGCUUUUGAGUUUUAUUACUCGUGUAUACUUGUAACCAUAUUAACGAAAAAUGAAGGAACUAAUAAUUAUGGUUUUCCAUGUAACAUAUUUAAUAGAAUAAUUUUAUACUGGCUUUAACUUUUGUAUUUUUUUUUUUUUUUUUUUAGAGUUAGGAAAUGAAGGCUUUCUAACAACGUUUUGGGGUGAUGGUUGGGCUGUGGGGUAACAGAAUGUGGUUGAAGCAAUCUCAAGUGAAACCAAAAUGAAAGUACAAACGAGAAAUUUGCAGUUUGGGUAAAUCGAGGUUUUCAGUGUCGGUGGUUUUUAGAGUACGAAAACGUUUGGCUUUUUUCGUAUACUGUCUUUUAGAAAUGAAACAUCACAUUUUCAGUACAUUGCAGAGUAACGGCUAGAACUUGUUGAAUUUACCCUGCCCUCAUGUUUUCCCAGUGGAAUUCAUCAACCUGUUUUUAAAAAACAUCAAAGGGACCUCACUGAUCUAGUUGUUCAAUUAAUCUUUCUCUCUGUAUAUUUUUCUUUACUAUAAUGUUACACCUGACACCUAGCCUGUGAAUUUGUAUUUAAUUUUUCUUGUGUAGAAAUGUAACUGUAGAUAAGACCAUGCUAAUGAACAAUGUUAAUAAAGUAUUUACUCAUUUUAA